GAGAGAGAGAGAGAGAUGACGACGGUGGUGAAGAGCAUAGUGCAGGCGAUCAAAGAGAAAGGUCUGCGCAAUUUCUUAAGGCAGGCCAGGGAAGAAGGUUACCUAAAAUGUCUACCUGAUGGAAACCUUCUGCAAACUAAAAUCCACAAUAUCGGGGCAAAGCUUGUUGGUGUUGAUAAAGUUGGGAACAAAUAUUAUGAGAAUCUUAACACUCAAUAUGGAAGACACAGGUGGGUUGAAUAUGCAGAGAAAGGUCGCUACAAUGCUUCUCAAGUGCCACCAGAAUGGCAUGGUUGGCUGCACUACAUAACAGAUCAUACUGGAGACGAGCUUCUGAUGCUAAAGCCACAGAGGUAUCACCUUGAACACAGGGAGAAUUUCACUGGUGAAGGUGAUGAGUUUAUCUACCACUCCAAAGGGCACAGCCUCAAUCCAGGGCAGAGAGACUGGACCAGGUACCAGCCUUGGGAGCCAACAAAACCCUGAGCUAUCUCAUGGAAGAUUUUGGAUAAAACUUGUACGAUCCGCGUUAUUCCGCUCUUCACUGCUGUAAUAAUGGCUUGCCCUUGUGCAAGCUGUGAAUCCUUUUGAAGUUAAACAUGAUGUACUGAAUUCAGUAAACAAGCUUUAAUUGUGAUUUGACAUCUGGGAUAAGGCUAUCAUGGAAGUCCACAUUGUUGUGUAGUGUAAUGUGAUACCAUUUUGAGUACUGAACCAUAGAAUUUAUGGUUUUUGCCGCUCUUUCGUGGCUAGAUCC